CAGUGAGUCAUUUAAAUAACUUUGAAUCCUGUUUGGAAACAAAGCUGUUACGCACAUGAUUUGUCCAGCUCCUGUGUGUGUGUGUGUGUGUGUGUGUGUGUGUGUGUGUGUGUGUGUGUGUGUGUGUGUGUGUGUGUGUGUGUGUGUGUGUGUGUGUGUGUGUGUGUGUGUGUGUGUGUGUUUUCUCGGCUGCUGGCGCGCCUCGUCUUACUAAGUGUUGAUUGGAUGCAUUUGGAAAACUUAGUUAACAACAUAUGUAUUAUUAUUAAAUAUUAAUUAAUUAUUAAUUGAGCUGGAAGUUGCGCUCCUUUGCGCAUGCAAGAGGGUAUUUAACCUUGCGCCCCUGGACAGCUUCACCCCACCCAUGGAUGAGAGCGGAGGGUGGAGCGGCUCUGAUUGUGCGUCUCGGAGAACAGAAGCAGGGAGGAUGAGAUGCUGCACGUGAAAAAUCCACCUCUUGAUCCGAAUUAGAUGCUUCCCUCCGCUUUAAACUGAACUGAAACACAUCAGUAACAGAUGGAAGUAUGAGUGUGGACAAUGGGAGCUUGUUUUGGAACCGGUCUCAAACCGGACCAGGCCUCUUCAGCAACCUGGAGGACAUCGACGUGACCGCUGACGGGAGUCCGGUCCUCAGAUUCUUCAUCUGCCUGGUGUAUUCCGUGGUUUGCGCUGUGGGUCUGGUGGGUAAUGUGCUGGUUCUGUUCUUCAUCAGGGUCAAACAGGAGAGGAGGAAGUCCAGGGUGAACUUCUUUGUGCUGAACCUGGCCGUGACUGACUUCCAGUUCGUGCUGACUCUGCCCUUCUGGGCCGUGGACACCGCGCUGGACUUCAGCUGGCCGUUUGGAGACGCCAUGUGUAAGAUCAUCCUGUCGGUCACCGUCAUGAACAUGUAUGCCAGCGUCUUCUUCCUCACUGCCAUGAGCGUCACCCGCUACUGGUCCCUCGCUUCCGCUCUGAAGAACACAACAGUGCGACAAUCCUGCUCCGCGAAGUGGGUUUGCGCCAUUAUUUGGACACUUGCGACUCUGGCCACCGCGCCGACGUCGAUUUUCUCCGCAGUCACCAACGUGACGGGAGAGAAGCUGUGUCUGCUGCGGUUCCCAGGUGGACAGUACUGGCUGGCCGUGUACCACAUACAGAAAAUAGUUGUAGGGUUUGUGUUGCCGAUGUCUAUCGUUUCCAUCAGUUACUUUAUGCUGCUGCGUUUCAUCCGCAAGAGGACCAUGAAGACCAGCAACCCCAAGCGGAGAUCCCAGGUCACCAAGUCCAUCACCGUCAUCAUGCUGUCCUUCUUCUUCUGCUGGAUGCCCAACCACGCCAUCACCCUGUGGAGCGUGCUGGUCAAGCUGAACUUUGUGCACUGGGAUAAGGCCUACUACGUAGUCCACACGUACGUGUUCCCGCUCACCGUGUGCCUGGCGCACACCAACAGCUGCCUGAACCCGAUCCUCUACUGCCUCACGAGGAAGGAGUUCAGGGACAAGCUGAGAGGGCUGAUCCACAGAGGAUGAUGGGGUUGAAAGGGUUUAACGAAGCGCGUAAUGUGUGGACAAACUGUAACCAAGACGCGCCGGAUGCGCUCGGCAGAGCGCGCAGCCUGGCGUCACGCUUUUGUCUGUUAGUGGUGUCGUCUUUUUGAGAUAAUGAGCCAUUUGUGAUUGUUCAUUUUUUGUUAAAUUGUAAUAAAAUUGAAUUUUGGAGCAGCGUUCCUUCUGUGUGUGGUGUGCGCAGUCCACUGGCCGUGCGUAAAAGCGCACCACAUUAACCUUCGUGUUCGUGUGCUUUUGGUAUCCGUGGGCUAAUCAAGAGUGGUCAAACGCACAUCCACAUCCAUCUGUGAAUGUUUUUUAAAGUGAAUUUAAAGAACCGGAAACAGGCAAGGAACUGAAAAAUGACUUGAGGAAAAUUAGAAAACUAAGUUUUUGAUCCAAAACACAGAAUAAUUGUACAUGAUUGUAAAUAAGCAAACAAAAUAAAUGUGUGCUAAUAUAAAUAAUCACGUGUGUAUAACAUAAUUUUCCUAAAGUAUCAGUAGAUGAAAGGAAGAAAAUGAGACAUCAGAACUUCCCCAUCAGUAAAUAACCCGCAUGCACGCGCAGUUCAUGCAACACAGACUGCUACUGAAUGUGGUUCACAGCUGCAGCUCACAAGUUAUUCGUUCUAAUUUAAGUUUUGUUUCGUGUUUGACACGACUGGAGCUGACUGAUCAGGUUACAGACGUAGGCCUAUACCUGCAUGAUCCUUCAGUCCGCAAACCCAAACCCGAUCUGACCUCCGAUCAACGAAAACAUCCUAAACACGAGAUGUUUGUUGCUCACUGAAAUUAGAGCAUCAAAAUAAAUCUGAUUAUAUGUUUUCUGAUUCUAUUUUAUUGUUAUUACCAGUUUGGAGAUAAAUAAUUCCCAGAUCAAAUACAUGUAUUAAUACGAUUUAUAAAAAGUCUGUGAACACAGGUUUUCAUUUAUUCAUGUAUUUUAUUGAUUUCUGCAGAGUAAAAACAAGGCAUAGCUAAAAGUUUAUAAAUGCCAAUGUACAAGAAAAUCCAAGUAGAGUAAAAGUCUGUCUCUAUAACGAAUAAAGAGCUGGCCUCAAGGCUUCAAAUAGAGCAAACAGAGGGUGAUCCUUUUGUUUUUGUUUCAAAUGUCUUUGUGCCUUUAAUUCUAAAAUCACCAAUUGAAAGAUGCAGCAUCAAAACCACUAACUCCGCCCUCUAGUCAAGUUAUGAGUGGUUGUGUGUUUACAGAUAAACAAACAACACACCAAAACUAUUUCAGGACUGGUUUUGGUGUCAAGGAUGUUACAAACCCAAUAUUUGAGGUGAAUCUGGGAGAAAUCCCUAUAUUCCACUUGGACUGAAUAAAUACGAUUUUUCACCAACAUAAUGACUCACGUGGACAUGUCGGGUCUUGGUGUGAGCAAUGGUGAGUUUUUAAUCAUGAGAAAUUGGACAAGAAAAUGAUGAAAUUAAAGAAAAAAGUUUUUUUUUAAUAAGAUAAACUGUAUAAAUGCCCAAUUCUAGCAUAGAUGUGAUGCAAGCUAAUUUAUCUGUCUGGUUUGGUACAAAGGCUCAUCAGAAAAAGUUUAUUAAAAACUUUUACCAAUGUAAAACAGCUGAGUCAUCGGUAAAGCACGGUGGGGGCUGUGUCAUGUUUGGGGCUGAGUUUCAUCCAGAGCUGUUGGGGAUCUAAACUCAUGAUGUCAGUAUAUUCUAUGAAUGGCUCCUAUAGAUAUGUAUGUAUAUAAUGUUGAAGGAACAAGGGGCAGCUGGGGCUCAGACAUAGCAUUCUAAAGCACCCAGCCUCAGGCUGCAGGAGGAGUAGAGAUUCAUUAGAAAAGUCAAACAGGUCCCCAGACCGAGCCUUAAUCACCAAACCUCUACCACUGCACAAAGAAACAACUGUUCAAAGGGUGAUGCUUUACUAUGACUUCAUUUUUUAUGGAUUUUCUCAAUAAAAUCUGCAAAACUAUAAGUGAGCUCAUCUCUUUUACUGCUUCCCCUGUCAUCUCAUCAGCAGAAAAAAAACAUCAUUUUAGUUUAGUUUUAACAACUACAAGACAUUUUAGACUCAUGCAAACUCUGUCAUAUUAAAACUUGUGUUUACAAAUAUUUAAAUGGUUAGCUCACAUCCAGUUCUGCUGGAUGUAAAAAAGGGGGCAGAUCAAAGUUUUACUUGGUGAAAAAGGGGCCAAUAAGAGACUUCAAAGACAUGGAUGCACUUAGGAUAAAACUGUCAGCCCAAGAGAACGCAUAAAUGUCAAGCAUUUGUAAGCUAAAAUGGUUAAAAAUAACAGCAGGCAGCACUCUACACACGCCUAACGUUACUCUGAGACUGCCUUAAUCGGGUCAGAACUGUAACUCAGAACAUCAGUCACGGGAGGGUGGUCUGUGAGCGCUAAUCCCAUGUAGGACCGGACCUUAAGGUGAACGGAGAAGUAAGGACCUCCGUGCUCGCUCAGAUAAAUAAUUUUUUAAACGUUAGCAUCACGAUUAAGUUUUGGAUUUGGUUGGAAGUUUAUUGACAUGUUUGAAGUCGGGUGCUCAAAACAGAGAAAAUCAGAUGAACUUUUCUCUUGUUUAUCCAACAAAAUCUGACAUGAAAAACAGGAUCAUUUCCUCUGCUUUCAGUAGAAUAAAGAGGGUCAGGCGUGUAUUAACAUGAGGAUCGCUACUAUCCAUCAGUCUGAGAUGUUCCUAAGUAUUAGAGGUCCAUCAUUCAACAAUUGUUUACCAGUAGAAGAAGAAGAAGAAAAUAUCAUGUCUAUACUAUAGCGCCUCUCAAGAUAAAAAUCACGAGGCGCUUCACAAAAACAAAAAAAAUGUAAAAAUUUAAAAAAGCAUUUAGAAAAUGUUUAAAAAUAUAUUUUAAAUGAGCAAAAAUGGGCAAUUGGGAUUUAAAAGAAAAAAUAUUAAGAAAGAGAGAGAGUGAAUAGGAAAGAGGGAAAUCAGUGGAUCCUGAGGAAGGUGGAAUAGGUGGGGAGAGCAGAAUGAAGAGAGUGUGGUUGAUGAAGGUCAUACAAAAGUCAGCUUGAUCAAGUGAGUCUUCAGCUGCUUUUUGAAGGAGACCACUGAGUCCACUGAUCUCAGGCUCAGGGGGAGAGAGGUCCAGAGUCUGGGGGCCACAGCAGCAAAUGAUCUGUCACCUUUGGUCUUUAGCCUGGUGCUACACAACCAGUAGGCUUUGAUCACUGGACCUCAGGGACCUGCUGAGGGUGUAGGGACUAAGAAGAUCACCAAUGUAAGAUGGUGCUUGUCCAUGUAAGGCCCUAGAGACCAGAACCAGGACCUUGAAAUGAACCCUGAAGUUGACUGGCAGCCAAUGAAGCUGGAG